CACCAUUAUUCUUCAGAACCUGGCCUGCGGCUGUUUUUGUAGGUAUAAAAGAGGCUUGGUUACCUACUUGCUUGUCUGUCGUGAUAUUCUGCAGCACUGGGCCUACAGUCUGUGAUUGCAGCUUUGGACGUGAAGAUUUAAGGUGGAAGAAUGCCUCCCCCCGGAGUAUGCUUAAACAUUGUGAAGGAACGAUACAAGAAGGAUGGGCGGGGCACCCCUGAUAACCCGGACAAAUUCCUGGACCAGGAUUUUGUGUAUCUGCGUGAGUACUGCCUCAUCCGGGGCAUGAGGUAUAUUGAUGACAUGUUCCCACCGGACAGGGCAUCCAUUGGUCCAGGACUUCUGUCUCCUGAGGAAAUGGCAAAAGUGGAGUGGGUGAGACCCACGAAAUCCAUGCCGAAUCCUUGUCUAUUUGUUGAUGGUGUUUCAAGAUUUGACUUUGCCCAAGGAGCAGUAGGUAAUUGCUGGUUCUUGGCCUCAAUUGGUGCACUGACAUUUCAGCAGCAUAUACUGAAACAAGUGUUGCCCGUUGACCAGGACUUUCAGAAAGACUAUGCCGGGAUAUUCCAUUUCAGAUUCUGGAGGUUUGGAAAGUGGGUCGACGUCGUGAUUGACGACAAGCUGCCGACACUGAAUGGGAAUUAUAUUUUUGUUCACUCGAAAACCCCGAAUGAAUUCUGGCCUGCGCUGCUGGAGAAGGCCUAUGCCAAGGUAUGCGGUUCUUAUGCUGACAUGAAUUCUGGGGAUGUGUCGGAGGCUCUUAUGGACUUCACUGGCGGGAUCCACAUGACCUUCCAGCUGAACGAUGCUCCACCAAACCUUUGGGAUCUCAUGUUUCGUGCUGCCGAAUCCAAGUCUUUAAUGGGCUGUGGCACACCACAAGGGGAUACAUCAGCCAACACAGUGCUACCAAACGGACUAGUUCAGGGCCAUGCCUACACAAUAACAGGAGUGACAGAGGUGACGAGCCAGGGCAGACCUGUUAAACUGGUCCGUCUGUGGAACCCAUGGGGCCAAGGAGAGUGGAAUGGAGACUGGAGUGAUAAGUCCCCUUGUUGGCAGACUGUGAGUUUGGAGGAGAGAACAAACUGCUUGCAAGUAGAUGACGAUGGAGAAUUCUGGAUGACCAUGGAGGACUGGUGCCGGCAUUACGUAAGUGUGGAUAUCUGCUGCCUGUGUCCUGACUUCCUGGACAACUCUCAUUCCUGCCACUGGGCGUCAUCCUUCCACCAAGGCCGCUGGGUAGCAGGGACCACUGCAGGCGGUUGCAUGAACCACAAAGAUACUUUCUGGAUCAAUCCUCAGUAUCGGAUUAAGCUGAAACAGUUGGACCAGGACUGUGAAAGUCUCCAAGGACCCAACAACGCGCUGGUGUCUCUUAUGCAGAAACCUGACAAGAGAAACCGUCGCCUGGUGUCCAGCCUACACAUCGGUUUCUCCAUUUUUGAGGUACCACCACAAUUUCACGGACAAAAAGGCAAAUUCCCUGCUUCUUUCUUUGAAAUCAAUAAGCCAGUUGCACAGACCAAAAAUUACCUGAAUGCCCGUGAGGUGAUGGAGUUCUUCCGCCUCAGACCCGGAGAGUACAUCAUCGUCCCAUCAACGUUCAGACCCAACGAAACUGCCUCUUUCAUCUUAGCCAUCCUCUCCAAGAAUGAGACGCACAUUCACGAAAACACCUCCCAUCAUGGUGUUGAGAUUCAUAAGCCAAUUGGCCAUAAGGAAAAUGGUGAGAUAAAAGAUAAUAAAUUGUUCCGCCAAUACUCCGAUCAGUAUGAGGAGGUUAAUGCUGAGCAACUGCAGAAACUACUGAAUGACAACAUCGUCAAUGGACUCAACUCUGUGUCUGGGGGCUUUACCCUGGAUGCCUGCAGGGGGCUUGUGGCAUUGAUGGAUCUGUCAAUUACAGGAACAUUAAAUGGCCAAGAAUUUACCCGUAUGUGGAAGCGAGUCAUUAAUUACAAGGAAAUUUUCUUCCAGACAGAUACUGACAGAACAGGAACUCUGUCUUUGCUCGAGCUAAGGAAUGCGGUGGAAGCCACAGGUAUCAAGCUAAGUGAUGACAUGCUGAACCUCCUGGCCCUGCGGUAUGGCGGAUCCUCUGGUGACCUCUCCCUGGAGAACUUCAUCUGCCUCAUCCUGCGUCUGGAUUGCAUGGCCAAAAUAUUCAAGAAGUUGUCUGAUGGCCAGGGAAUGUAUCUUCGGGAGUCAGAGUGGAUGUACCUCAGCAUGUACUCAUGAGCCUGGAGUUGCAGCCUAGUCCCAGAUUCCAGCUGAGAUUAAGAACAAACCAGAGUAUUAAUCAUCACAUGACAAUGGCUAUGAGUCCAACAAGGUCAAUUAACAAACCACAUCUUGCUAGCAAUGUGUAAGAAGGUUGCAGAAAAUGUAUUUUGGAGCGCUACAAACUAUCACUUUUAUUUGGGUGGAAAACCAACUUCAAAGUGCCUCCAUGUGUUUUCAACCUGUUUUCCUUUUCUUUUUUUUCUUUUUUUUUGCCAUUAAAGUUGUAUCUUUUCAUUUGAGCUUUUCCCACAUAAUGUGCUCAGUCAUGGCUUACAGAGCAUGGUCCUUCACUAUUUUUGUAAUUCAGUCGUCAUGUUUUUUUUUUGUUUUUUUUUUAAUUCAGUUGCCUUACUGAAUAUUUACACAAUUUCUUUAAAAUUGUCAAUGCUCUCAACUACUAUAAGUUACUACAUAUAUGGAGGUCUAACUUUUUAUAAGCAGCAAACUUCAUUUUUUUAUGUAUAUGCAGCUUGUUUCCAUUAUGCAAGUACACCAAGAGGAAUCAUCAAAAGUUAACUCAAUCUAAUACAGAUAACAGGUACAGUGAUACCAAUGAUAGUCAAAAUUGACCAUAUUAAAAUUGAAUGACAUUCCUUCCAAAUGGUGUGUAUAUCUCCAACCUGGAGAAAAUCAAAUUGCACAAUCAUUGUGAUGUUUUAGGCCCCAUUUCAUCAUUUGAGGCACAGUUGCAUUAUGUUCUUAUUAGUAUCAUUCUUAUCAAUCACUCUUAACUAUAAAUUUGAUCCCCUACUAUAUAAGUAACAUGAAUAAAUGUCUGAGACCAGUAUGCAUUUCCAUUCAGUAGUUUAGUAGUUUGUUUUUCAAGAAGCAGAAGACUGAUUGCUAUGAAUUACAAAAUAGUUUAAUCGGUUUGUACAGGUCCCUGUCUGAUGACAACCCAUUACAGGGAUCAUGGAGCAUUCAUGGAGUUGCAUGGACAGCAAAGGCUGUCUUAUGGUAGAUCAUAUCUUGCAUAUCUACUUGUUUUUGGUGGAUGGGGUUAAACAUGUUAUUCAGUUUUUUAUAUCCAUUGAACUUUUUAUAGUCAAAUUGUAUUUUAUAUUCAUAUUCAUUUAUAUUCAGACCUGCGAGUCAAAAGUUUUAGAAUUUUACUUGAUGUUACUUAAAGGUAAGAUGAAAAAGAUUAAAGGUAUUGGUUGGUAUAAAACCACGAAACUAGAAGACAGAAGUUUCUGUAUGUGUUCAUGACCCACUCUUACAAUGAGGGGCAUUGUGUGUUCUUUAAGCAGUUUACAUCACUGCCAAAAAAGCAAUAGCCUACAUUGGACCUACCACAGUAAAACAGUUUUUUUCUGUUGAACCAGGAUUGCCAUUGUAAAUGCCAAUGAGAGUAGAGGGCUGACAUGGAUGAUGUUUUUUUUUUUUUUUUUUGAAAAGUGGGUUUUGAGGUUUAAGGAUGAGCUGACGGCAUGAAGAAAUUGUGUGGUCUGCAAUAAAGUAUAAAAAAAUAUUGUUGGUGAAAGGGAGCCCGAAUCUUCAGUGAGCUACAGUUCGAAUGAGGCAAUGUUUCAUUCACACAGCAGUUGUGCAAAUGACACCAGUCACUAUGACAGUGCCUCUGUAAUUCUAAAGUCCAAAGUUUUGUAACCAUUUUAUAUUCUGGAUUAUUUUCCCUUUAUACUGGUUAUUGGGGUUAAAUCAUUAAAAUGUAGAACUAG